ACACGCUCUAAACGCAUAAAUAAAAUAGUAAAUAUUGAGACAGGAUCAUAUGUACUGUAUUUGAGCUAGAAUGCACCUCGUUCUUUUCUCUUCAUUGCUGGGUGCAGCUCUGUGCACGGAGCAAGUUACUUCGACUGAAAAUACAGACUCUUUAACAGUUCAUGUCUCUGUGUGGCCUCCUGGUUCAAACCUCCACCAGGGGGAGACUGUGUUACUGCACUGCUCUGUCCAGUCCAACUCCAGUUCAGUCUGGGCCUACCACUGGUUCAGAGAUGCCCCCUUCAGCACGUUGGUCUCUGGACCCAGAAUCUGGGUGUGUGGGGUGAGCCUCUCCAUCAGAGGGGUCUCCAGGCAGGACCAGGGCAGGUACUGGUGCCGGGCUCGGCUCUGUGAUGGAAACAGGACUGUGGAGGUACAGAGCCGAAAAGUGGAUCUCAGAGUGAGAGACUUACCUGGUCCUACACUGACAAUGACUCCUGACAGCCAAUACAUCUUCAGUGGAGAGCACUUUAUGUUACAUUGCCCCAAAUUUCCCACUAACUCUUCAAACUGGAGUCUGUGGCACUUCACUCUGGACAAUGGGGUGAGGUGCUCUGACCUCCGCACUGACCACUGCUCUCCACUAGUGGGCAUGAUUUUGCCAGAUGAGUCAAAUGGUUGCAUGUUUUCAGCAGCGAGUGGGAGCAGUGGAUUGUAUUGGUGUGAAAGUGCAGGAGAUCGGACAAAUGCAGUCAACAUCACUGUUAGCUAUGCUCCUCUGAUCUUGAGGACUCCUUCCUCUCCAGUGCCACUGGGCCACAGAGCCAUCCUGUACUGUCAGUAUCAAACAGACAACCACAGUCACACCAGCUUCUAUAAAAAUAGAGCAAAAAUGUAUACGUCCAAAGCAUCACACUCCAAUAAAACUAUAAUGAUGACAAUAGAAAAUGUGACACAAGAACAUGAAGGGUUUUACAAGUGCAAGUCUGAGGACACUGGGAUAGAGAGUGAGGAGAGUUGGUUUUCAGUGCAAACAAGCCAAGGGACAACACCAGAGCAUGAGGCAGAUGCCACUAAUGGUCCUGGGCUGUGGAUCAUAGUGUCAUGUACCAUUGUUUUGCUUUUCCUUGUGUCUGUCAGUGUGUGGCUCAUUUGGCGAAACAGGUACAAGGUCAUAUGCACCAAUAGCUGGCGGCCCCAUCACACGCAGGAUAUUCCAUCUGUAGACCCCCCGGUCACUAAACAGGAUGUCACGGAGGUUCAGUGGGACCUGUCCUGGAUGGAGAUGACCAAUCUGCUUGAUAAAAACCUGUAUCCAGGAAAAUAAGUUUUGUUGUUUAUACAAAAUGCAUUCCCUAGAGAAUCAUAUUUCAAACACUGGAUGUUCAAU